AUGAAGCUGAUUGACAAAUAUCUGGAUCAUCUUUGGGACUGUGAAAUUUAUGUUAUUGCAAUCAUCAUGUGCCCAGAUCGCAAAAUGGCAUGGUUCAAGGACCAAAAGCUAUCUGCACAAAGGAUAUGCCAGAUUAAGAAAAUAGUUGUUGAUCGUUGGAAUGCAUCAUAUGCACCAAAUGAAGAUGUAGUUCCAGAGAGGACUGAGGAUAAAAAGAUCCAGUCCAAGUGGGAUGAAUCACAAUCAUCUUCUGGAACAUACAAGUACCCUAUGGAUCAUAUUCAAACAUAUCUGAAGGAUGAUACAGUCUCGACAACAGCAAUUCGUGAAGCAGGGGGUUAUAUGAAAUAUUGGUUCCAUGCAAGAGACAACUGA